GCAUUCUAGAGACGUCUCUGCACCAUGGCGGGUCCUGUCAGCUUGCGAGAGCUUCUAAUGGGAGCUUCAGCCUGGACCAGCCCUGAAAGUCCCGAGGGGUCCCCUACUGAGGGCGCAGGGAGCGCGCCCGGCGGACCGGAGCCUCCUUGGCGAGAGGAUGAGAUUUGCGUGGUGGGAAUCUUCGGCAAGACGGCUCUGCGACUGAAUUCCGAGAAGUUCUCACUUGUGAACACGGUGUGCGACCGACAGGUCUUUCCCCUCUUUCACCACCAAGAUCCGGGGGACCCAGAGCCUGGAAUCAGGACCGAGGCAGGCGCUGUCGGGGAGGCUGGUGGAGCCGGAGACGCUGGGGCUGGAGCUGGGGCUGGAGCCGGGGCCGGGGCCGGAGCCGGGGCGGGGACCGGGACCGGGGCCGAGGCCGCGGAUCCAGUUCCGGGAGGUGUAGCUGCCGCGGAAGGUAACCAAACUGAGCCAGGUUCCCAGGACUACAGCCUUCUGCAGGCCUAUUACAAUCAGGAAAGCAAGGUUCUGUAUCUUCUUCUCACUUCCAUCUGUGACAAUUACCAGCUUCUGCGGGCUUGUCGAGCCCUUCAGAGCGGGGAAGCUGGAGGCGGCCUCUCCUUACCUCAUGCAGAAACGCACGAGUUCUGGAAGCAUCAGGAGAAGCUGCAGUGCCUCAGUCUGCUUUACCUUUUCUCCGUCUGUCACAUCCUGCUUCUGGUCCAUCCCACUUGUUCCUUUGACAUCACUUAUGAUCGAGUGUUCAGAGCCUUGGAUGGACUGAGACAGAAAGUACUGCCCCUUCUCAAGACAGCCAUUAAGGAUUGUCCAGUUGGCAAAGACUGGAAACUAAACUGCCGACCUUGCCCACCUAGACUCCUUUUCCUCUUUCAACUCAAUGGAGCUCUCAAAGUGGAACCCCCUCGGAACCAAGACCCAGCUCAUCCAGACAAGCCCAAGAAACAUUCUCCCAAAAGGAGACUGCAGCAUGCCCUGGAGGACCAGAUCUACAGAAUUUUCCGGAAGAGUCGUGUCUUGACUAAUCAGAGUAUUAACUGCCUCUUUACUGUGCCUGCCAACCAAGCUUUUGUGUACAUAGUUCCAGGAAGUCAGGAGGAGGACCCAGUAGGCAUGUUGCUGGACCAACUUAGGAGUCAUUGUACUGUCAAGGACCCGGAAUCUUUGCUGGUACCUGCACCCCUUUCUGGGCCCAGGCGAUACCAGGUGAUGAGGCAACACAACCGACAACAACUUUCUUUCCAUGUUGACAGCAGCAGUUCCAGUUCUUCAGGGCAGCUAGUGGAUUUCACUCUUCGGGAAUUCCUAUGGCAGCAUGUGGAACUAGUCCUAAGCAAGAAAGGUUUUGAUGACAGUGUGGGCAGGAACCCACAGCCUUCCCAUUUUGAACUUCCCACUUAUCAGAAGUGGAUCUCAGCAGCUUCAAAACUGUAUGAAGUAGCUAUUGAUGGGAAAGAGGAGGACCUGGGGUCACCCACUGGGGAGCUAACAUCCAAGAUUUUAAGCAGUAUUAAAGUCUUGGAAGGGUUUUUGGAUAUUGACACCAAAUUCUCAGAAAAUCGGUGCCAAAAAGCUUUACCCAUGGCCCAUAGUGCUUAUCAGUCAAAUUUGCCUCAUAAUUACACAAUGACUGUCCAUAAGAAUCAGCUUGCCCAGGCUCUUCGAGUGUACAGUCAACAUGCUAGGGGUCCAGCCUUUCACAAAUACGCCAUGCAGUUACAUGAGGACUGCUACAAGUUUUGGAGCAAUGGCCAUCAGCUCUGUGAGGAGAGAAGUUUAACUGAUCAACACUGUGUACAUAAAUUUCACUCAUUACCUAAAUCAGGAGAAAAACCGGAGGCUGAUAGAAAUCCUCCUGUGCUAUAUCACAAUAGCCGAGCUCGGUCCACCGGUGCCUGUAACUGUGGAAGGAAACAAGCACCUCGAGAUGAUCCCUUUGAUAUCAAGGCAGCUAACUAUGACUUUUAUCAGCUUUUGGAAGAAAAAUGUUGUGGAAAAUUGGAUCAUAUCAAUUUCCCAGUAUUUGAACCAAGUACUCCAGAUCCUGCUCCUGCCAAAAAUGAAUCUUCUCCUGCCCCGCCAGAUGCAGAUGCUGAUAAACUUAAAGAAAAAGAACCUCAAACCCAAGGAGAGAGCACAAGCCUGAGUUUAGCUUUGAGUUUAGGCCAAUCCACAGAUAGUUUAGGUACCUAUCCUGCUGAUCCACAAGCAGGAGGAGAUAAUCCAGAAGUUCAUGGUCAAGGAGAAGUAAAAACUGAGAAGAGACCAAACUUGAUUGAUCGACAGGCAUCCACAGUUGAGUAUCUCCCAGGCAUGCUGCAUUCAAAUUGCCCUAAAGGUCUCCUACCCAAAUUCUCCAGCUGGUCUUUGGUUAAACUAGGCCCUGCAAAGUCUUACAACUUUCAUACAGGUUUAGACCAACAGGGCUUCAUUCCAGGAACAAACUAUCUUAUGCCUUGGGACAUUGUCAUUAGGACUAGAGCUGAAGAUGAAGGAGACUUGGACACCAAUUCUUGGCCUGCUCCAAAUAAAGCUAUUCCUGGGAAGAGAAGUGCAGUUGUAAUGGGAAGAGGAAGACGGCGAGAUGACAUAGCUCGAGCAUUUGUGGGCUUUGAAUAUGAAGACUCUCGAGGUCGGAGGUUUAUGUGCUCAGGACCUGACAAAAUAAUGAAAGUAAUGGGAAGUGGUCCAAAGGAAUCAGCUUUAAAAGCCCUGAAUAGUGAUAUGCCCUUAUAUAUUCUGUCAUCAUCUCAAGGUAGAGGGCUAAAACCACAUUAUGCUCAACUUAUGAGGCUUUUUGUUGUGGUUCCUGAUGCUCCUUUGCAGAUAAUACUCAUGCCUCAGGUUCAACCAGGCCCACCACCAUGUCCAGUAUUCUACCCAGAAAAACAAGAGAUCACUCUCCCACCAGAUGGUCUCUGGGUUUUGAGAUUUCCUUAUGCAUAUGUGACAGAGAGAGGACCUUGUUUCCCUCCAAAGGAAAAUGUGCAGUUAAUGAGUUACAAGGUGCUCCGAGGGGUUCUUAAAGCAGUAACACAAUAAGUGUUUCCCAGCCAGUUCAAUCCUAAACUUGAGCUGGUUUUUGUUUUUGGUGUGUAUGGAGUGUUUUAUUUGGUAUUUGUAUACUGUGUUUUCUUGAACCUGAAAUGUGUUUUGGUUUACAGGAGUUCAGUAUUUGGACAAUAAUUGUUCUACUAUUUCAUGAUAUUGUUGAUAUUUAUUGUAAAUAGGGCUACCACUUCCUAAUAAACAUUGGUUGUUCUGGAAAAGACAUAAAAUACAUGGUGAUA